AUGAACACCCGCGACGGGCGCUCUGAGAUAUUUUCUAACCGCCCCGAUCAGUACGCAAGCCGCAACAGUCAUUAUGAAACCGCCCUCACGACUUUACAGAACAAUCCAGCGCUAGCGUACAUCUUUAUUGCUCUCGUCUCGGUUCCUAUUGUCCUUGGUUACCUCGGACUUGUUCCCAUAUCGCUAUUCCAGCUCCCCUGGGAUCUCAUUGUCUAUUUUACACCUUCUCGAAUCGUUAUCGCUUUGGACCCUCGCAUAUCGACCUCUGACUCCAACUCCCUAGCCUUAUCGCCUUUGCCAUUCCAAGAUAAAAGUGACGCGAUGAAACGGAUUCUUGGUUUGGACAACAACAUCUACUUCCCCUUCUUCUCCCGGUCAAGGUCCCUCUCUAUAUUCGGAAAUGCGCUACUGGGAAACACCAAGGAUGUCACACCCCCGGGGCUCGGAAACUGGAACAACUCGUGUUUCCAGAACAGCAUCAUACAAGGAUUGGCAUCUUUGAAAUAUCUCUCCGAGUUUCUGGAACACAACGUGGACAACCUGUCAGGGAAGGCUUCCGUCUCGACCCACAAGGCACUACUAGACCUCAUCGACUGUCUGAAUAGCGCCUCCAAAAGUGGAACCAAACUGUGGAUCUCCGGGCCCCUCAAGUCCAUGAGUAGCUGGCAGCAGCAAGAUGCGCAAGAGUAUUUUUCCAAGUUGCUCAAUCAAAUUGAUCAUGAAGCCGAGCUAUGCUCACGCGGAGAGACUUCGAACAUGGGAUUGAAAAUUGCAGGACCCGAUGAGAACAUAUUUAGAGACAGCGACUGUGACGACCCAGUGACGCCCUGGGAGCCCGAAUCGCUCGCAUCGACGGAUAAGCUUUAUCUUGAUGUGGUUUCAUCUUGUAAUCCUCUCGAGGGUCUACUUGCUCAACGGGUUGGAUGCAUGGUAUGCGGAUGGACUGAAGGGCUCUCGUUGAUACCUUUCAACUGCCUCACUGUGCCUCUGGGCAAAAGAUCUUCGUACGAUGUUCGCGAAUGCUUGGACCAAUACAUGACGCUUGAGCCUAUUGAAGGCGUGGAAUGCUCUAAGUGCACGCUAUUGCAUCGACAAGAGCAGCUUAUCAACUUGAUCAAGGGAUUUGAGGCCGAUGAGAGUCGGUCAGAUAGCCCCGACGAACCUCAACCCUUCGAUGCUGUGAAACUGUCAGCCUACUCGCGGUUGGAUGCUGUUAAGGCGGCUUUGGACAGCAAUGAUUUCAGCGAAAACACAUUAGCAAAGGAGUGCCAUAUCAACUCAAAGAACCGAAUCUCAACCACGAAAUCUCGACAAGCCGUCAUUGCGCGGGCUCCUCGCUGUCUUGCCAUCCACAUCAACCGUAGCGUUUUUGACGAGUAUACUGGGGCGUUGGAGAAGAAUCUUGCAGCAGUGACGUUCCCUCAAACGAUUGAUUUGAACAAUUGGUGCCUUGGCACCCAAGCCGCCGGCAAAUCUGGCGACAACUCUGAGCAUUGGGAAACAAACCCUUCCCGGUCCAUGCUUCCGCAACCGGGCGAAGCAAUUGAAGUCCCUAGCAGACAAUAUCAAUUACGCGCAAUCAUAACCCAUUACGGCCGGCAUGAGAAUGGACACUAUAUCUGCUAUCGCAAGUAUCCGACAUCGGAAUUCACCGCUCCUGCACCGGACGAGAUCCUUCAAGCUGAGGGUGACAAGGACAAGCCCGAGCGUUGGUGGCGCCUCAGCGACGAUGACGUGCAGAUGUACGCAGAGUCUACUCAGUUUGGAAGUCAAGACUCGUGCAACUCGGCUAUGCCAAAGGACAUCUCCACUCCGUCUACUGUCACCGACUUCGAAUCUGCCACUUCCCGUGAAACCAGUAUUUCCUUGCCGAUGGACGAUUUGCUUCCUGCCGAACAGUCUUUGGAGAUCCCAAACGUGAUUGGCACUGAUGCUGAAUGGAAUGAUAAACUGGACUCACCCUCUACCAUCAUUGCAUGA